AGGGGUCAGGUGACCACCACCGCUCCUUCCUGGCCUGGGUCUCUCUCCUCACUCUCUCUGGCCCGGGUUACCCUACCUCCGCUCCCCCUUCCCUUCCUUCCUACCCGUAGCCCAUAGGCGCAGCGCAGGCAGCCGAGGAGAGAGAGAGACGAGGGCUUGCCUUGCCUUGUCUGCCUGUCUGGUAGAUGCGCGAGUAGCGGACGGGGGACGGAAAUGGGAGGCGGCGACGGCAGGCACGGCGACGGCGGCGGCGGAAGUCAUCCGCACCAGUUCCAGUACCAAGCUCUCCUCGCCGCCGUGCACACGCAGAACCCCAACCACAACACCCUCCCCUUUCCCCUUCCUCCCCUCAAUGGAAAUGGACCUGAUGCACCCGCAAACAAUGCUGCUCGCCAUCCUCCCGCUCCGAGGGGAUUCGCUGAUUGGAGCGCAUCUAACAGCGCCUUCACGUCACUUGCUGCACAGAGCACUCCUGCCGCCUCCACUGCCGCCUCCGCCAACAAUGCCUACCAUUACGGCGUAACCCCCUGCUAUGCUUUCUGGACCCAUUACAUGCUUAACAAGAGUGGAUAUAGCUACUAUCCUCCACAACAUCAGGAGCACCUCCAUCCUUUCUGUCCCGACAGCCAGCAGGCUAAAAAUACAGGUUCUGCACUCAGCUUUGGGGUUGAUUCUUUUACUAGCACACCGGUGGCACCAAACAUAUCCCUGGCACCAAACAGUUCUGCUCAUAUGCCUCCCAUGGAAGGACGCUUAUCUACCAGGGAACCUGAAACUUCAGAGGAUGUGCCUAGAGUAGUUAGAAGGAAGGCUGGAAUGGAAACCAGAAACGGCGGUGAAGAUAAUUGUGAAACAGUUGACACUCUUCCAGAGUUGAACCAAGGUCAUGAAAGUUGCGCUACUAAAUUGAACUCUGGAGAAUACGAAGUUAUUUUGCGCAAGGAGUUGACGAAGAGUGAUGUUGCAAAUGUCGGAAGAAUUGUCUUACCCAAGAAGGAUGCAGAAGCUGGUCUUCCACAAUUGUGCCAAAGGGAUCCUAUGAUACUGAAGAUGGAUGACAUGGUGCUCCCAGUUACGUGGAAGUUUAAGUACAGGUUCUGGCCAAACAACAAAAGUAGAAUGUACAUUCUGGAUUCAACAGCUGAAUUUGUGAAGACGCAUGGUCUUCAGGCAGGAGACGCCCUCGUUAUCUACAAAAACCCUGUGCCUGGCAAAUUUAUUAUCCGAGGGGAGAAGGCCAUCCAGCAUCCAACAAAUCCCUAGACGUGCGUGGAUGUGAUUGCGACUGCAUCAGUGAAGCGAGGAAUAUUGGUUGACCUACCAUAAGUUCGCAAUCCAAGAGAGAAGCCGACACCAAGAAAUUCAUGACUGUCUGACUUGUUAACUGGGUAUGAAUGGAAAAGAAAGAAAUAUCGCAAGCGUGGCAUCUGGGCUGAGGAAAACCUUCUGCGUUUUUAUUUUCUCUUUUUCUUCUAAUUGAGUCGUAUUUGGAAGCUUGAGUUCUACCUUGAGAAUAGCAUUUGUGGUUCUGUACAUAUGUUUGGUUCCAUAAGAUAAAUGAAUUGGCGUGAACUUUCCUGUCUGUCUGUAUGGCCUUAACAUACUACUACAGAGGUAAGGUCGUUUUCUGACAUCCAGAUAAA